CACCCCACCCGCUCCAAUGUCGCCGCCCCUCGAGCCGCACGACUACAUCGGCCUCUCCGCCCCCACCCCCUCCUCCUCCUCCUGCUCCUCCUCGCCCAGCCCCGCCGCCGAGGCCGGGCCCCGCCUCACGCUCCGCCUCGGCCUCCCGGGAUCCGAGUCCCCCGACCGCGACCGCGACGGCCCCGCGGACGACGUCGCGCCGGCGCUCACCCUCGGCCCCGCCCCCCACAAGGCCGCCUCCAAGCGCGCCUUCCCCGACGCCUCCCCCCACCGCGGGUGCUCCGCCGCCGCCAGGGCCGAGGACAAGCCGCCCUCCGCUGCCCCGCCGGCCGCCAAGGCGCAGGUCGUGGGAUGGCCGCCCGUGCGCAACUACCGGAAGAACACGCUCGCGGCGAGCGCCUCCAAGGCCAAGGGGGCAGACGACGGCGCGCCUCACUAUGUCAAGGUGAGCAUGGAUGGUGCCCCGUACCUCAGGAAGGUCGACCUCAAGAUGUAUUCCAGCUACGAGGAUCUCUCCAUGGCACUUCAGAAGAUGUUCAGCUGCUUCAUCACUGGUCAAAGCUCGCUGCGCAAACCAUCAACCAAGGACAGGCUCACUAAUCGUUCAAAUGUUGAUUCCCUCCAAGAUCAAGAGUAUGUCCUUACAUACGAAGACAAAGACGCUGACUGGAUGCUUGUCGGUGAUCUUCCAUGGGAUUUGUUUACCACAAUAUGCAGGAAACUGAAAAUCAUGAGAGGAUCUGAUGCAGCUGGAAUAGCUCCAAGAUCCCUAGAGCAGACAGGUCAGAACAAAUAAGAUUGACCUUCUUCCGGAGUAAAGAAAAUGAACCGAGCUAAGUUGCGAUGAUGUCGAUGGUCUAAAUUAUUCAUGUCAAGUACCUCAAAUAUCCCAAAUGUUAGUGUAGUUACACGUGUUUCUUAGACCUGUUUGUCAAAUGUCUGUAAUGUGAUCUGCUGAGGUAUCGCAAUUAUGGUUGACGUAUUUUCACUUGGAAGCUUAUGUGAGGAAGCUCUGCACUUCCUGAAUGCAAGCUUUCCACCCGUAUUAUUUCAUAUGUAUAUUCAAGUGUUGCACUACGUAUUAUGCUCUGUUGCAAUUAUCCAAUUGCCAAAAACUUUAUAUUGGCUACUGUCAAUGCAAUGCUCUGUUCUGAUCGAA